UCUCUUCCUCUCCCUCUUCUUCUUUCGACGGCUGCACGUAUUCUUAUGGAGUCGCAUCGCGCACUGGAAAGGCCCCCAUCACUCCCGUGUGGGGCUGAAAUUAUUCAGACACUUUCAUAUCGGAGACUUUCGUAAAUAUUCUUCUCAAUUUGGUUUAUUUUUAAGAAAUCGGACCAAGUACACGUUUCAUCCAUACCUUCGAGGGUGGUUUUUCCCCCUCGAACUCAAAUUUUAGCCAAUGGAAAAAAAGACACCUCUAGUAGCGUAGAAUCGAACGAUACUCUUUGGAAGGUUUUUAUUUAGCCUUUUCGUUGGUUCGCUCAGCGACGCUCGCCGUUACGCUGAUUAUGCGAUCGACAACCUCGACGUACUCGCGCCGUAAUCGGCACAAAAGAUUGGACGAUAGGAAAACAGAGGGCACGAGGGAGAAAGAGGGCGAAAGAAAAGGCGUGUUCGCGCGUAUAAAGCUCAAUCCGAACGACACACCUGUUGAACAUUCCUUUGCAAAUACCCGCGCGUCGACUACGUGCGUUACAUACGAAGUUGCAUACGGACGCAGCUGUGCUUGGCUCGCCUUGGACAAGAGCUCGUCACGAGAAACCUCAUCUGUUCGGCGAAUUCCAUGGAAAUAAGUUUCCAUCGAUUGUCUUUAGACGAUCUCGGGCCUUGACUCCGUUCUGUGAAAUUUUCCUGUUCGACUCCGGAACGGACAGAGUCUCGCAAUUUUCCACGCCGUGACGACCGUUCGACGGUUAGCUUAAUCGAAGAAAUCAGGACAGAUCGCGAGUCCAUCGGAACGAUUCAAUGUUCGAAUCUUUCAUGGAAGCGUUAGUCGCGCAUCGUUAGCCGAAUACAAAAAUAUCGCGAGCAGUCCAAACGCUAAAAGAAAGCAGACAGUGGCCGCGCAGCCAACAGGACGAUAUAAUGAACUCUGUUUCGUAACGAAAGUUUCAAUUUUAUCGAUCACGAGCUUAACGACCGACGUCAUUCGAUUUGUCUCUUUCUUUGUCAAAUUCUAUUCUUAUAAAUGGUUCAAGGUCAGCCGCCGUAAAGCUUACUCUCGUCCAAUUGUAUCAGUUGUUUUCUCCACUCUGUAACACACGCGGCAGCGAAUAAAAGCGUGUCGCCGCGAUGGUAAUCGCCCUCGUGUUCUCGAUCAAAUUAACCAACGAAUAACUCGGUUCGCCGGUGAUUCGUUAGCCGAAUUCUCGGAACUCCGGUUGCUCCGAAACAUGGAAAUCCCCCAGGAUCGAUCGCGUGGAACGUUUCGAUCGACAAACGAUCGGUGCCCGGGACAGUUUAUCGGAAUUGCUUAACGUUUAAUCGUCGUUCGCCGUCGGCGUAGGUUAAUAGGACUGUUCUUAUGUAAUUAACGCGAACGAUUGACGUCACUGGCUCUUCUAUUUAUGUUACCUCUCUUCGAGAACCGACGAAUCACGGCGUAAGCAUUUCAGUUUUUCCAUCCUGUCGAUCGAUUCGUCGUAUCCCAGUUGUUUCCACGAAAACGAAUGACGCCAGAAACGUACCCUCUUUUUGCUACGGCGUGCUCGGCCGACGAUGACUUUCAUCCGAACACGGCUGCAGGUUGCCGGUACCUCGCGAUCGAACCGUCCAGAACAGUCAUCGUUAAUCCUCGGAGGAAGUUAGUUUAGGAGCUACCGUAUAGAACGCAACAUUUUUGACUAUGCAUCGACAACAGAGGCUUCGAUCGCCAUCGUCGUCUCCUUCGUCGUUAUCGUUGCCAUUCUCAGCGUCUCGGUCUUCCAUCUCGACCGUGUCGCUGUCGUCGGCGUCGACGUCCACGACCACGCCAAUCCCGACGCUGACGACGAAGGCGACGUCACCGUCGUCGUCCAACGGCCUGUCGUCGUCGGCGACGUGGUCGACGUCGAACCUAUCGCCGUACACCUGGAGCGUGCAGCAGACCUCAUGCUCGAGGCUAUCGUCGUUGUCGGGCGAAUCAUCCAUCGCAUCAUCCGUGUCGAUACCCUGCCCGAGACUCGUCUCCGUGUUGGCUUGGUCGGUGACGCUGUUACUCGUGUCUUCGUGUAUCGGUCUAACGGACGCUGGAAUCCUGAACGGGCAUCCUUUGGGUAAAAGGUCCUUCAUCGAUAUCCAAUGUAAGGGUAUAUACGACAAGAGCAUCUUCGCCCGGCUGGAUCGUAUCUGCGAGGAUUGUUACAACCUGUUCCGAGAACCUCAGCUGCAUCAACUGUGCAGGAAAAACUGCUUCACGUCAGACUACUUCAAAGGAUGCUUAGACGUGCUACUGCUGCAGGACGAAGUAGAGAAGAUCCAAACAUGGAUCAAGCAACUUCACGGAGCGGAUCCUGGGGUUUAGGCAAAACUGCUUUGGUACGCAAUACUUCACAAGCUGUAUUCAAGCGUUGCUGCUCGAGGACGAGAAGGAAAAGUUCCAGGAGAUGGUCGAGUACCUAGGCCGCAAGAAAUAAGAGGAAAAGAGUACAGACGCGCUUUCAUCGCGAAGGGUCCGUUUACGACAUCCAGCGAUGAACGAUUUUAACGAGGUCGACGAAGAACAGUGGGAAACGAGAAGCCAGCGACUUCCAGAUCACAAUCGCGACGAUUGUACGCAGAAUAUCGCAGAUCCCAGACAUUCGUUCACGAUACAUCCUUCGCGACGUCCGUAACACCGAGAACACUCCUGAACUGGGGAUUCGGAGCACGCUGCAACACAAUCAUACCUCCUCUUUUCUUUUUCGAUACGACUGAACGCAACGACGAAGACUAUGUCGGCGAUCAACUAAAUCAACGACCGCGAAUAUCCUUUUCCUGGUCCAAGUUCACAUAGUAGAUAAACAAGUUGGAUAGGAAAAAAUUCGUAAAAUUGAAAUUAAACUUGUUCGUCUGCUCCUGAGUCUGUUCUUACUUGAAAAAGAAACAGCUAAACCGGUAUUUAUCUAAACAACAAUUUUACACAUCUCGCGAUCAAUCAUGUCGUCGAUCAUCGUCUUCGUCGUUUUCGUUCCCGCAAAAAGGUUGUACAACAAAAUAAUGAAAACGGAGCGGUAUGUGCGAAUCGUACGUGCGAUGAACCCAUACGAAUCUAGUCGACAGAAUAUUUGCGCUCGCGUAUUGCGCCAUGUUUUUAUCCAAGUAAUUAUUAAUUAAUUAUUUAUGUUGAGCAUCGUCGUUCGUUAUUGCGACGAUUAUUAUUUUUUAUUUUCUUUUAUAUCGAUAUACUUCCUUAGCAAAAAUCAACGAUCGUACACGUUACUUAUGCAGGAUAUGUUUUUUCGAUAAGUAAAGUACAUAGCUUAGAGAGAGAGAGAGAGAGAGAGAGAGAGA